AUGUCCUACAGCCGCUGCUCUGGAAACUUCUCCUCCAGCUCCGUUCAGGGCUGCCUGUCACGGUCCAGGUCCUCCUGUGGCUCUGCCUUCCCCAGCAACCUGGUCUACAGCACUGACCUCUGCGCUCCGGGAUCCUGCCAGCUGGCCUCUUCUCUCCAUGGUGGCUGUCAGGACACCUGUGGCGAACCCACGGGCUGCCAGAGUUCCUGUGUGGUGUCCAGUCCCUGCCAGAAUUCCUGUGUGGACCCCAGAGUGUCUACGUUCUGCGGUCCCUGCCGCACAACUUACUCUGGAUCUCUGGGCUUUGGGUCCAAUGCUUGCCACCCGCUAGGGUACGGAUCUAGAAGCUCCUGCUCGCUGGGGUAUGGGUGGAGACGCUCCUAUGCCCCAUUCUAUACAUCUGGAAGCUGCUGUGGUGCCAGCGGCUUCGGAUCCCUGGGUUAUGGAGUCUAUGGCUUCCCUUCUCUGAGUUAUGGGUCUAGAUUCUGUUACCCUACUGCUUUUCCUUCUAGGUCUUUCCAUUCUUCUUGUUUCCAGCCUUUCUCUAGAUCUGGUUUCUACUGAAUGAUCUGUGGAUUGGCUUAACAUAUUUAGAGAAACCAAGAUUCAACAGUAAGAUUACCUAUGAAUUGAGAAGCGUUCUAAUAUUCCUAUGAACCCUAUUUCCUUUCUGUCUUUCAAAUUUGAUACUUCAAAUUACAAAACUAAGUAACUGUAAAUUGUCUUGCUGGCAUAAAAGAUACUUUUGGCAUUUCUU